AAAAAUCAAUAACAAAAAGGAAGUGAAGAGCCAGAAAACCAGUUGAAAAAGUUUUAUAAAUAAUAAGAAAAUAACCGUAGAAGAAGAUAUUCAAUUUGCAAUUCUGUUUCGAUUUUAAUCCGUUCGUUUUCGUGCUCCGUGUGUGUUCCCCUUCGUUCGUAUGUGUCGUGGUUUUACCGUUACAAUUCCGAAUAUCUCGAAGAAAUAGAUAAAACAAAAUGCAAAAUAAAAGGUCAUGAGAAAUAAUCAAAGCAUAUGAAGAAACCAAAACCAAUUAUUGUUCAUUAACUAAAAGAGAGACACAAAUGGUUUUUUCGCUCUACCUUUUGAGCUACUGUUCUCACAGCAAUUUUUGAACGGAACUUCAGAGUCCGAAGCAACAUCAUUAACAACAAAUUCCGACAAAUAAAUAUACAAAAAACUACAACUUUAACAAACACAACAUCCAUAUAAUAUAAUCAUAACUAUAUAAUUAAUUAACUAUAACGACGAAAUCAACCAGAAAACCAACGAUACAUCAUUCAUUUGGGAGCCUCCAAAAGGCCGACGGCUUUUUGCUUUUGUGUGGACUUUUUUGCACAGCGAAUUUUCUUAUCUCUGGAAAACAGCGCCAACAAAACAACAAAAAACAACGAUUAUGGCAAAGGAUCCGGCCACAUCACGUAUACCCCGCCUGGAUGGCCAUACCCGGAUACCACAGCCGGGAAACUUUGGCUUCGCACCGAACACCACCUCACACAUACGACCGCCGACGAGCACUGGGAACACACUGAAGGCCACACAGAUCUUUCGCACCCCAGCACUGGCAUCGGCAUCGGCACCGACAGCGGCUAAGACGCGUCCUGCCAGCGCUUAUACGGCAUCAAGUGGCGCCACAGGCCCGCUAAGGGAUCUGGGCAGCAGCAUCAAGAAGAGCGCCAGUGGCGAGAGGAUCAACAAUGCGGUGAGCCUGCUCAGCAAGCGGACCACCACAGUGCUCAAGAAAUACUUUGGCAACAAUAAUGGAAUGAUCCGGAGCAGUUCUCCAGGGGAAUCGCCAGCGCCAGCAACAGCGCCAGCUGCAGGCAAUCCCAAGCAAUCGCCGAUGACGAGCUCAUUGCCGGUGACGCCCAUGCCGGGCGGGAAGCGGGCCAUGGUCAGCAGCCAGCAGCUGACCAGCAGCACACCCAUGCCCCUGCUGCGGUCCGAGACCUUCGUCUGUGACGAGGAGGAGGAGAAGAAGAUGUCGCCACAUCUGAACCGAACGCGAUUGGAGAGCACACGAAUCUCCAGCCUGGGAUUUGGUGAAACUUUGGACAUGGACUCACCCGAUGCUAAUGCCACGCAGCUCCUGGCAAGAGAUGCCACGCGCAUCUUAAAGGAUACACCCAAGACCAUGCUGGAUCAGGCCCAUCAGGUGAUGAAGGGCUUGGCCAAGAUGAGCUCCUUGGGCUCCCCCAUAGCCCAUGAAUCACCGUCCCUGAGGAUGCCAGCGAAAGAUGCCACCCUGACGAUUGUGCCGCAGAGUCUUUCGCCGGGAUUCGGCAAAACGAUGCAUGGGAUGGCGCAAGAUUCUGUGGCAGCCAAUGCCACCCACACCAUCAACAGCUCACCGAUGUUGGGCAGGACUAUGUUGGUGAUCCAGCCAAGGGAUUCGACCAGAACCAUCGCAUCCCACUCGACCGGAAUGGGAAACCUCACCAGAACCAUCGAUGCACCGGGAGAUGUUACGAAGUUUAUUGCCAACGGAGGCAAUCUGACGAAGAGCAUGGACCAGCUGCCACUGCUGGAGCACAUGUCCAUGCCGUCGGGAUUGGAUGUGGUGGCCAGUGGCAAGGGCGGUGGCGCCACAGGGAGAUCGGAGACCGAGCUGGACGACACGCUGGACGUGACGUUGACUCCGAUGGCGCCGGACAAGGCCAACAUGAAGCUGCCGCUGAACUCCACGCUGAACACGGAGCGCCUGCUCGACCUCAGUGGCCUCCAGUCGCCGGCCCGACACAUCCAGCUGCUGAAUCUGACGCGGGAGUUCAUGGAGGCCACGCCGCACAGGAAUGCCGCUCAGAUGGUACGCCGCUCCAUGGGCCAGCACACGCUGCUGUGCCUCUCGCCCCAGUCGGCGACAACGACGCCGCAUGGGAUGCGGCUGGGCCAGCAGACGCCGCAGCCGGUGCACUUGCUGUCGCCGCUGCUGAAGCAGGCACAGAGCGAAAUGAUGCUCCCGACGCGAACCCCGGAGGCCGAAGGGCACCGAACGAUAGAGAACACUUUGACAGCGUCGAGGAGUCGCACACGCUACAGCUUCGGCCUGGAUCUGCCAGACUCCACGCUGGACUGCUCCAUCGAGCUGGUGGACAACUCGUUCUCCUCCUCCCAGCAGCAGUUGCAGCAGCUGCAGCAGCAGCUCCUCAAGAAGCAGAGCUCCUUUGACAUGGACGAGAGCCUGGGCAUCCUGACGCCCGACCAAAUGAAGGAGUUCCUCGACUCGCCGCACAACAAUAACAUCCACAACAUGGAGCUGCAGCUGGCGGCGGGCGGACAUCGGAUGCACCACCCCAACAUGCAGCAGUUGCGCAUGGAGCAGACGCCCUCCCCGGAGGAACUGCCUCUGGAUCCCAUCGAGAUCAAAACGGAGAUCGUGAAGCAGGUGGAGGCAGCCCCCCAGCCGCCGCAGGUGUGCCCCUCUGCGGGGCAGUCGAAGCUCAGCAACAGCUUCAUCACGAGCGUCACCAGUGUCACCAGCCUGGACACGGGCUACCAGGGCGAUGGUGAAAUGUCGCGUCCAGCCUCGCGUGGCGCCUCCGACCACAGCCCCAGCAAUGGCCCACAUUUGGGGCGGGUGAGCCGCCAGCCCAGUUUUCCGCCACCCAUCCCGGCGGCAGCUCCAGCUGCGGCGCCCAUGCGGCGCCAGGACCCGAUGACGGACUCUGAUUUCUUCACCGAAUCCGAUGCGGACGAUGUGCUGCAGCGAGGCGAUCGACGGGCCCAAGUGAUCGAUGGUCAGCUCUAUGGCCCCACCAUGCAGCCGAGUGCCUCGGUGCCCCAGAUGGAGGACUCGUGCAUGGAGUCUUCGGGAAUCUUCACAGAUGUGGAGAAUCGUUGCGAUGAGGAGAUGCGGCAGCCGGAGCUGGAGGUGGAUCCGGAUGUGGAUAUGUCGCCGGAUGACUCCACACAAACAAUGCGCAAGGCUGGAUCGGGAACAGGAGGGGCAGGUCAAGGUCAUUCGCAGCAGCAGCAACAGCAGCCGCAGCAGCAGCGACCCCCCAGCAGCUGUCUCUCUUCCUCUUCGGCGGCCACAACGCUUUCGAAUCGAACUUCGUACUGCAGCGUCGAUGGGGGGAGCACGAAGAGCUUUACCGACGAAGCUUUCGUGCCGACGGCGGCCGGCCCAGCGAGUGCCGGUGGCGAAUGCUGCCGAUCAUCGUUGGGUCUUUCAGUUCAGCCCACAGCGUCGCCGCGUCCACACGCCUCGUUGUCGUCGCUCUGCACCGUCGAGACAUACCGCGGCUCCACCUCCUCCAGUUCGUCGAUAGCCUCGCCCAAGUCGUGCAAAGCUCUGACCACAACAACCGCAAGAUCCACCAACGUAUCGGGCACCCCUCGCAGCUCCAAGUCGCCGCGCAGUGGCAAAGCCUCGCCCGCGUCUCGCAAAUCGCAUACGCCCAAUAAAUGGGAUGCCGUUAUGAAUAAGAUCGCCAGCAACAAGCCGUUGAUCAAAACCAACUAUAAUGAUGUGAAAUCGAAAGUUUCCAGCACCCGUGCUGCCAUGGCGGGGGGCCAGAACUCUGGCUGUGGAUCCACGCCUCUCCAGGGCUCUGGCGCCGGUUCCACUCCCGUUCAGGGCUCCUCGAACUCUGUGUCCAAGGCCACCACGCCCAGUCCGCGGGGCAGUCCCAGUGUCAGUGCCAGGCGUUCGCCCUCGGCCACCCCCAAGGUCGUCCCGCGACACCCCCUCGUUGUAAAGAGAAGCAGCAGCAGCAGCACCGCCACCACCUCGAAGACGGCCACACCAUCACCGCCCCCGUCAACGCGGCAGCCACAGGAUAAAGGCUCAGUUGGCAACGGCGCUGGUGUCGGCAUACGGUCUAGCUCCAAGUUCCCAACGUCACCUACAUCGCCGCCGACCAAGAGAUUGCAGUCGACGCUUAUCAAUCGCGGACACUCGUAUAGCAAGGAUAGCCACAAGUCCUCGCACAGUGAUCUACGAUUGCUGUGCAGCGGUGAUGUCACUGCCACUGCCACACAGGCAGCAGCGCCUGGGAGCGGCUCACCAAAGCUAUUGGCAAAAACUACACUGCGGGCUGCCAAAAAGCGUGAUGUGCGCAAUCUGAGCAUAUCGCCAACCGAUCUGGGCCCGCCGCCAAAGACCCAACAGACCGCCAAGGGACAAUCCACACGCAGCAAAUCAUCUGCAACGACCACGCCUACAUCGAUACAAAAACGCUUAAAUGGAACUUCAACAGCAGCAGUCCCGGCUGCAACAUGUAUUAGUAACAACACCAAAAGCGCUGCAACAAAGGCUGCAACUGCAACACAAAUCAAACAGCAAUCGCCGCAAUCUAAACUUAAAAUUUCAUCUGUUAAGAGCUCCCCAAUUGUUAAAAUUUCCGAAGAAUCUUUGCGUUCUGGCGUGGAUCAAACGGAGCUGCUGGAGCUCAAUGGACAGUCCUCGAAUGGAUGCCCGACACCGCCAACGCCGAGGGACUCGAAACGGGCUUCCCUUAGCCAAGAGUCGCUCUGCGUUUGCGGUGUCUCCGACAUUGGGUGCAAAUGUCAGACGGAACCCAAGCUCAAGAAGUGCGAAUGCAAACCAGUCAAUGCCCCGAAACAGACUGGAUCCGAUGCAGUCGCAGCUAAGGAGAUGCUCAAACAGGAUGAGAAAGAUCAGGAAAACAUAACCCGUAAUAUAACUAGUACAAAUAAGUCGAGCCCAGUCUGCGAAGCCAUUGGAAAGUCGUGCAGUUCGAUGACAGUGCUUGCCGGUCCCCGCGGGGACAUAACCAUCCAGUAUCCCGCCCUGAAGCCCUUCACUAAGAAUAAUGUGCUGGACUAUGAUCGCUUGACAGAGUUUCUCGAUGCUAACCUCAGCGAGAGGCAGCAGGAGCAGCGUCAGAUGAUGGGACUCGCUGUAAUGGUUCAGUUCAUGUCUCAAAAGCUGGAUGCAUGCGCCUGCGCGGAGACCAAAGAGCAGUGUGCCCGGGACAGAAGUGCCCUGGAGGAGACGAUCGGGCUGCUGCAGCAGACGCAGCGGGAUUGCGAGGAACUGCGCCGAGAGCUGCACGCCAAGGAUGUGGAGUGGGCCCAGCGGCAGCAGGAACGGGAGCAUUUGCAUCGCACUGAACUGAAGCAAGCCGAAGAUAAAGUAAUGGAGGUGCAAAUGCUUGCGAAGCAAAGGUUCUGCGAGUUGGAGGCCCAGCUGCGGGCCAAGGACGAGGAGCACAAGUUGGUGCAGGAGGCCUACCAGUUGGAGGUCUCGCACAAGCUGGCCCUCAAGAUGGAUCAGUUGACUACCGCCGAGGUACAGAUUAUGGAUCUGCAGUCGCGCCUGCAAAAGGCUGCUGUACAGGAGCAGGAGCUGCGCGACAGACUCAUCCGCAAGAAGAACAUCCACACCACCAGCAUUCACGAGGCAGCCCAGCGCGAACAGGAGCUUAACGAGCGCGUCCAGAGCCUCACCAAGGAGCUGAACACGUUGCGGGCCAGCAAGGAGUACAGCGAGCGCGAUCUGCGCGAUCGUCUGACCCUCUCCCAGGACGAGAUAUCCGUGCUGCGCACCUCGUCCCAGCAGCGUAGUCCCAGCACCAGCACCAGUCUGACCGACACCAGUGCUGAGCUGUGCCGCCUGACCAGCGAGGCGGACAGUUUGCGCUGCGUCCUGGAGCUGAAGCAGGCGGAGAUUUCGUCGCUGUCCAAGGAGAACGCGGACCUGAAGCGCGAGGGCGAGGAGCGCCUCAAGCUGGCCAAUCAGCUGGAUCUGCUGAAGUCCAAGAACGAGUUGCUGCAGCUGGAACUAGAGACCAAAGCCGAUAAGGAGAAGGAAACUCAACAAAAGUUGGAUGAACUUCAGAAGGCCUACAACCACGAGAGCAUGAAGCGCACUCGUCUCACCUUCGACAAGGAGGAGAUGGUGUAUCUGCUCAAGACGCGCACCGAGAAGCUGCACAAUGCCGAGGCUCGGCUGCAUGAGCGAUCCCUCAGCUCGCAGGACGGUUCGCACUGCUUCAGCCGCAGCACCAACGAGUCAUCGUCAUCGCCCACAUCGCCGAUGAUCAAGGGAAUGAUCGAGAGGAACGACUCGAUCAGCUGGACCCUGGAGAUCGACGGCGAGACGCCCAAGGUGAACUCCGCAAAGAUGGUGCGUCGCAACGGAUCCCUACGCGGCAGCAACGAGCGCAGCCCCAUCCAGCGCCGCCAGCAGUCGAUAAGCAAUGGACACGCCAACGGCCACACAUCGUCGUCCCUCAGGAAUGGCACCUCAUCGUCGGUCCACAGAAACGGCGGCUCAUCAUCGCUUGGACCUAAUCCGCUCUCGCAGAGCAUGUCGGCCACAGCGCUGAUGCGUGGCAACUCUCUCAGCGGCGAGUCGGAGGCCCGCACCCGAUCCCAUUCCAUGUGCAUCAAGGCCUCGGCUUCGACGUCCGCUGUUUGCGAGAAGCGACACACAUCCGACGCCGCGCUGGGCGGAGAGAUGCUUUUGCCCGACUGGAACGAGGAUCAGCAUCCCGUCUGCUCCAGCUCGCCACAUCCCACGCUGCAGUCGGAGAUGCGUCCGCGCAGCUCCACCAUUAAGCUCAUGUCGUCCGAGGCCAAUGCCCUGAAGAAGUUUCAGGAGAUUCAGGAGUCGGCCGGCGAGGCCAUGGUCUCCGGUGCCAACUCCGAGGACGAGAGCUGCUCGGCCUCUUCGGAGGACAUGAUGCGCAGCUCCACCUCCAGCACGGCCUCGGUGGGCUCCCUGUCCAAGCGACCGAAGCAGCCGUCCUCCCGCAUGUCCAUUGAGGAGGCGCUGCCCUGCACCCCCAUGGAGGUCAGCUGGUCGGAGGAUGCCGCCGAUGCGGAGGCCGAGGCAUGACAGGACAUGCCGGGCGUGGGCUACGAGGAGCGGGCAGUCAUCGAGCAGAUUGCCGUUGCCGAGGCAGCCGAAGAGGCUUACGAGAUGGCCGCCUAUGCCGUGAGUGAUGUCCAGCAGGAGGAGCUCAUUGUGGGCGAGCCCGGGGACGACGACGACGACGAUGACGAUGAGGAGGAUGAGGACGACGAUGAUAGCUUCUAAAGCGCCCAAACACCUUGUGAAAGAACAUGAAAUGGAAGUCAGAGGGGAAGCAUAGCUUGGCAAUUCUUUCAGCAGUACCCUUAAAUGAUAAUGAUAUAAUUUACAAACAAAUAUAAUAGUUGAUAUUUCAGAAUUGAAAAUGUUUGUGUAAAUAAUUGCAUUUAGCAUUGUAGUAGAUAUGAUAUAUAUAUGUAGUAGAUGCCCUACUUUACCUAUGUAUAACAGGAUAAUGCAUGGAUAUAUAACAGAUUACAGAAUUACAGCUAGUAGAGCACUGCAAGCGGAGCCGUCACACUGUCCGUCUGUCAUACGAGUAUGGGAUACGGAAUAUGGAAUAUUGGAAUAUAGGAAUAUAGUAUAUGGAAGGGGACACAUAAAUGUUAAAGUAUACCAGUAACUUUUUUAAUGGAACACCCACAGACACACACAAUAUAACAAUAUAACAUACAGAAAGCUAAGCCAAGUUCAGGAUAGCUGCUGCAUACAGUACAUACUCGUAUAUAAAUCUUAAACAUGUUUCAAACUAAUCAGGAGUACGAGCAGAACUCCUGCAGUAAAGUAAUGGGUAGCAUUUAGCUGAAGCAGUUGAAUAUUUGCAUAAAACUUAUUACGAUACCCCGUACCAUAGCGAUAUUGAUAUUGAUAUUGUACUCUAACCGCGACUCGCUGAUUUCGUACACGUAUAUGUAUAUGUAUGUGUUAAUCCCAAUCCAAAUACUAGCCUCUAGCGAUUCUCAACUUACAAUCCCCAAGCUCAAACCCACAACAAAUCCAUUCACUCGAUGUCCUUAAAUGACUUACCUUAAACGCCCGCUAAUCGUGUGUAAUAAUAAUAAUAAUAAUAAUAUUAACAAUAAUGUACCAAUUAGUAUGUCAGAUCUUUAAGCUUUAUUCUUGUGUUUUGUAUGGAAAUUCUAGAUGUACGCGUAUUUAUUAUUUAGUUUUUAAUGCCUUGUGGAAUGAGAAAGGAACGCAAAUUGAAACUGUUUAAAAUCCUAGUUUAUACGAGAGUACUCUCUCAACUAUACAUAUAAAUAGACAUACAUACAUAUAUAUAUAUAUUCGCGUACGUAUGAAUUUGUAUUAGUUUUAGUUACAUAUGUUUUAAUUUUUUGUUAUCCUUGGAUUGUAUCCGAGUCUCCGAAGUAUGCGAGUUUUAUAUGUAUAGAUUCGGAAUACGCAAACUUUGUAACACGCAGGCAUUGUCAUUAACUUUUAAGUAUUGUAUGUUAUUUUUAUUUUUAUUAUGUGUGAGAGAACUACAGCUGAGAGGGAAUCCAACCCCAGGCGCCAAUCAAAGGAAACUCUGUCCCUGAGCAGGUGCAGAAAAAACAGCGGGAGAAACGUUGCUACAGAAUAAAUCCCUAUGAAUAUUUUUUGCUAAAUAAUUUCAAGAAGCCCAUAAAUAAAUAAGUAAUUGUUUCAGAAACUA